UCCUUGUCUCCGUUGACACUGACAGGAUAUGACGAACUGGCCUGCGUCAUGGCAUAAACACAUCACGAACCUCUUGCACACCUCUCCUGACUCCCAACUAUAAAAGGCUGGAUCACACGCUGGCUCGUACCAACAGACCAACCAAUCCACUUUGCACUUGCUCACACGAUCGAUCACUACGACGAACAAGUCGUCCCAAGGUAAUAAAUGGGCUCGUGCAUCUCGCGCUCGCCGGCGUCGUCGGCGGCGGCGGGGUCCGGGCGGGCAGUGGCCACCAAGACCGCGAAGGUGGUGGACGUAGACGGCUCCAUGGCGCAGUUCGCGGCGCCCGUCACGGCGCGCGAGGCCCUGGAUAGUGUACAAGAGCGCCGCCCAGGCGCGUCGGUCUUCCUGUGCAGCUCCGACGAGCUCCGCUUCGACGUGCCCGCCCGUGCCCUGGCCGGAGACGAGGCGCUGCAGCCCGGAUGGCUCUACUUCGUGCUGCCCAUGUCCACGCUCCGCCGCUCACUCUCCGGGCCGGAGAUGGCCGCGCUCGCCGCCAGAGCCAGCUCGGCGCUGGCCGUUGCCAGCGGCGUUGCGUCACCCCCGCGGCGCAAGAACGGGGUCGGGGCGCCCGGCGCCAACAGCAAGCGACGGAAGGCGGCGGCUCGUGUGGCGCCGCUCGUUGUCGCUGACGAGAUCGCCGGACCAGACGGUGGAUCGGAUCAUCACCAUACGUACGGCAAGUACGCCGGCGAUGAGCCAGCGGCGAAGGCGUGGAAGAGAAGUAGUUGGGGUGGAAGCCGCAGCAGCACUCGCCGUCGUCGCCGUGCAUCUGGCACCCCAACGCUGAGCUCCAUUUUGGAGGCCGAUGACUUCUGAGCAACCCCGUAUUGAUUCAAUGGUUCGAUUCUUGGGAGUUGGGCCAACGCUGAGCUCCAUUUUGGAGGCCGAUGACUUCUGAGCAACCCCGUAUUGAUUCAAUGGUUCGAUUCUUGGGAGUUGGGAGUGGUUAGCAAUUUCUGAUCAUGGAUUAGUUUAGUUGAGUUAGUUGGUCCAUUCUGUUGAGUUGCUCAACCGGUGUACAUACUGCAUAUGAGAGUUUUUUUUAACACAGUACAGACGCAAGCGCUCAUAUACACGCGCAUACAUUCAUCCCUGUGAACGCACACACGCACAUUCUACUUCACCAGGGCUUGAACUCUGGUGGGCUGGAGAUACCAUAGUCCCAAACCAUCCAACCACAGGUUGGUUCGCUACUGCAUACAAGAGUUAUAUGUACAACAUGCUUGACUCUUCAAUGUGUACGUGUAAAAUCCGUAUUGUGAAAACUCAUUUUUUUAGGGGUGUGAAAACUCAUAUACGCAGAUGCUGACACCGCAUGAAAGUACUACAAUUUUGGGCCUAGCAUUCUAUUUAGAUAUCUGAAUUCUGCAUUGACGCUCAGCUUUUGUUUGCUGCAAGGUUAAACGAUUUUUGCCUCUAGUUCAGCUUUGAUUGCCCGAACCUUUGAGGUAAUUAAGCAUUUUUUUCUUUGCAUUUAAUGAUUUUUUUGAAUAGAUGUGGUAUGUGCAAAAAAAAGAUUCAAAUUUGGUAUAUGGUGUUUGAAUGCUUGAAUUUGAAAUAUUGUCAAAUUAUAGGCAAUAGAAAAUAUAGGAAAU